CAGCGGCUGGCAGCGCGCCCCGCGCCCGAGCCGCAGUCGCGCCCUGUCGCUGCCUGGCGAAGGCGCCGGAGAGCAGCCCGGGCGCCGCUGCGCCUGCAGGGCAUGAGGAUGGCCGUGGGCUCCGUGAAGAUGCAGCCGCCCUGCGAGAGCCCGGCCCUGCUGGCGGCGGCGGGCAGCCCCAGCGCCCGCGAGGCGGAGCGCGAGCAGCCGGCGGCCCCGCCGCGCCCGCGGCUCCGGGACCUGCCCGCGCUGCUGCGGAGCGGGCUGACGCUGCGGAGGAAGCGGAGCGCCGCGGGGGCCAGGACUCUGUCAAGAAGAAUUUCCAAUCCAUACCUUGAGCAUACUCCUUCCCAGAUUUAUGGAGAGAAUUCUUCCUGUGCAGGAAGAGCAUUGAGGAAUAUUAUUGUUGUCCAGGCAGCUGACCUGAUAAAAGACAGAGUGAACCUCAAGGGAUUUUACAGGAGAAGCUGCGUUGGGUGUGAACUGGUGGACUGGCUUCUAGAACAUUGUCCAUUUGUCCAGUGCAGAUCUAUGGCCAUUGGAGUGUGGCAGCUCCUUCUGGAUAUGGGGAUCAUGUCAUCAGUGGACCAGCACUUAUACUUUCAAGACACCUAUGUUUUCUAUCAGUUUUCAUCCGAUGAAUGCAGCUAUUUGUACUGUGAAUUUGAGCGAGAAGAGGAAUGGCAGAAUGGUGUCAAACUCUUACUGCAACUUGUGCCUCUCAUCCCUGCUAGACCUGGCAUCUGUGAACUGUCUAAUCAAAAAAUGGAAGACCCAGAAGAAAGCAGUGAUGAAAUUCUUGCUCGUCUAACAUCUGCGAUGCAGAGAGAGCUGGCAGCUGUCAUUGCUCUGAAAGCAAGGAAGUCUGCGCUUGAACAAGAUGAGGAAAACAGUGAGAAGCACGUACCUGGCACAGAAGGAGAAAAUGUUCUGGAUUCUCGGGCAGGAGUGAUGUGCAAACUUCAGGAGAGAGAUGAUAUCGGACGGAUUGAACUGGUUCAGAAGCUGGCAAGAGACAACUGUCAGUGUCUGCAGACAGAGAAAAAAGAACAGGAGAAAUCUGAACACGACGAGGAAGCGCCCCGGGUGCAGGUUAGAGAGCAAGAGGAGAACGUGCUGGUGCUGAAGAAAGUGCAGGGCAGCGGCCCGGCCCCCCCUGCGGGCGGCGAGGAGAGCGAUUGGAGAUACGUGGUGGUGUCCGGGACCCCGGAGAAGAUUUUGGAGCAUCUUUUGAAUGACUUGCACCUGGAAGAAGUCCAGGACAAAGAAACAGAGACCCUCCUUGAUGACUUCCUGCUCACGUACACCGUCUUCAUGACAACUGACGACUUGUGCCAAGCACUGCUGAGGCAUUAUUCUGCUAAGAAGUAUCAAGGCAAAGAAGAAAACUCAGAUGUCCCUUGUCGGAAACGCAAGGUCUUACAUCUCGUUUCCCAGUGGAUUGCUCUGUACAAGGACUGGUUACAUGAAGAUGAGCAUUCAAAAAUGUUUUUAAAGACGAUAUACAGGAAUGUACUGGAUGAUGUAUACGAAUAUCCAAUACUUGAAAAAGAAUUAAAAGAAUUUCAAAAGAUACUUGGAAUGCAUCGUCGUCACACCGUAGAUGAAUAUUCACCGCAGAAAAAGAAUAAAGCCCUCUUCCACCAAUUCAGUCUUAAGGAGAACUGGCUCCAGCUUCGCGGAACCGUGACUGAGACGGAGGAAAUUUUUUGCCACGUGUAUGUAACGGAGCACUCCUAUGUCAGUGUGAAGGCAAAAGUUUCCAGCACAGCCCAAGAGAUCCUGAAAAUUGUAGCAGAAAAGAUUCAGCAUGUGGAAGAAGAUGUGGCGCUGGUGGCCGUUACUUUCUCCGGGGAAAAGCAUGAGCUUCAGCCCAAUGACUUGGCCAUCUCCAAAUCUCUUGAAGGAUCUGCUCGGAUAUAUCUCUAUCGGAAAGACUUGGCCGACACUUUGAACCCGUUUGCAGAAAAUGAGGAAUCACAGCAAAGGUCAAUGAGGAUUUUGGGGAUGAACACUUGGGAUCUUGCUCUAGAAUUAAUGAAUUUUGAUUGGAGUCUUUUCAAUUCAAUUCACGAGCAAGAGUUGAUCUACUUCACCUUCAGCCGGCAGGGAAGUGGGGAGCACACGGUGAACCUUAGCCUUCUGCUCCAGCGGUGCAAUGAAGUCCAGCUCUGGGUGGCCACCGAGAUUCUCCUCUGCAGCCAGCUGGGCAAGCGGGUGCAGCUGGUGAAGAAAUUCAUCAAAAUUGCGGCUCACUGCAAAGCCCAGCGGAACCUGAAUUCCUUCUUUGCUAUUGUGAUGGGUCUCAAUACUGCUUCUGUCAGCCGACUGUCACAGACCUGGGAGAAAAUCCCUGGGAAAUUUAAGAAACUUUUCUCUGAACUUGAAAGUCUAACGGAUCCUUCCCUGAAUCACAAAGCCUACAGAGAUGCAUUCAAAAAGAUGAAGCCACCAAAAAUCCCUUUCAUGCCCUUAUUGCUGAAAGAUGUCACAUUUAUUCAUGAAGGAAAUAAAACAUUUUUGGAUAACCUUGUCAAUUUCGAAAAGCUGCAUAUGAUUGCAGACACUGUCCGCACCCUGAGACACUGCCGGACCAACCAGUUUGGAGGUGACGUGUCCCCGAAAGAGCACCAUGAGUUGAAAUCCUACGUGCAUCACCUGUAUGUGAUCGACAGUCAGCAGACCUUGUUUGAGCUGUCCCACCGGAUCGAGCCCCGCGCGUGAGGAGCCGCCGCUGCCCCGCGCCGCCCCCGCCCUCACACUGCAGCACUUUGAGCGCCGGGAAUGUUCUAGACCCAUAGCACGGGGCCCUCCUGCGAGGGCAGAAGUUGCUGAGUUUUAUCAGCGGAUCACCAGGCCCCCAGGCAGGGCAGCCACCAGCCCGUGCCUGCAAGCAGCGUGCAGAGAAGGUCGCCGCGCAAUGACCUGGGGACCCGGGGGCGCCACAGCAUCCCCGGAGUGGAGAUGCCCCGGUUUCUCAGGGUCCCAUUGCAAUCUCGUUUCCAGUGUCCAAGCCGAGAAGACGUCUUGUCACACAGAUUCCAGACGUUUCCCUGCACGUGUGCACCAAACAGGCAGUUUUCUGUGGCCUGGUGCUCGACUCUGCGGAUUCGCUGGCAGAGAAAGGUUUUGCUCACGCGCCUACAGCCAGCCGGCGCCGAAGAUCUGCAGGGUCAAGGCGAGGUCCCUUGACAUAAACUGGGAGCAUCGGGGGGGCCCUUUGCUCCCAUUUUUCAGAAGACAAACACCCAAGCCUGCACCCCUUUGCACCCACAGUCGUGUCUCCGUGUAUGCUUGCAGGUGAAACUGCGCACAACCAGCUUGUAACUAUCAGCUCAACAUAAGUUGUUCACCAACAGGGGGAAAUUAGUCAACUGGAAGAGAUGACUCAGUGCUGAAUGGACCUCCAUGGCAUUUUCUUGACCUGUGCCAGCAGGUCAUACUGGGGACACCGCGGGGAAGCCCCGUGCUGGACAUGUUGGAAGCACUUGGCCAUUGUUCUCGGAGAUGACGGUCAUCAGUGUCCACAUCCUUGGGCCAGGUGGCGACGGAUGUUCCGUGGGCCGUGGCGGGCUCCUCGUCCACGGGACAGCAUGGUCCCCUCAGCUCAGGGAGGUUCUAUGGGAUCUGAUGUAGGGAGCAUGGAGCGCGUUCCUCCACAAGGGCAGAGUAUUCAGACAGGGGGCCUGGCUCAUCCUGCAGAAAUGAAAAGAACCCGCACAUAGCCACGUGUCUGGUUUAUAUCACACGCUUCGAAGUCCGCUAUCUUCCUCCCAAUCAAGACAGGGAAACUUUCAUAAUUUUUCUUUUUCUCUCCGCCUCCCCCCAAACCCAUCCUCAUUUAAAAAAACAAACAGGCCAUUUUAUAGGUUGAGGCGCCUAGAGUUAAGACCACUUGCUAUUCCCAAGGAUUAAUUAGCAGAUGCCCCUCCAUUCAAAUGAACAGAGAAGCAUUUGAGCUGGGCAUUCUUGGAAUCCAGCAUUUCCACUGGAAAGUAGUGAGUCCCCAGUACUCACUACUCAAAUGCCAGGGCCUCACCCAUGCACAAGGUCCCUUCCUCCUUCCUUCGCUUGUGGAGACUUUGGGACAUCAUGCCCUGCUACCAUGCCCACCUGUGCGUCUCUGAGAAGCCCCCCAGAUCCAUCCACACCUGUUACUGAGCUGUGCGGUGGCUCUUUGGUCUCUCUAGCUGGGCCGGUCCCUGGAGUUACGCAGCUUGAGGAAAUCAGGUGGAUAGAAUUGGGGAGGGGGUGCAAGCCUCCUCAGUCUGGCCCAACAUAUAAAAACAUCAGUCCUGAAAUUUGAACAGGGUUUUGUAGAAAGACCCCAUCUGGUCCACUCAGAGGAUACACCGAGGCUGGGGCUGAGGGGACCCGUGGGAGACAGGUGUGGGGACAGGAGAGUCUGUGGUCCACUGGCUGAGCCCCCACACCACCAGCCCAUGCUUUUCUCCUUGCCUCAUACUUCCGGGCAGCGUCUGGCCAGCAUAAACAUGGAAAGCCCUUUGGACUCUGUCUCUGGCUAUUGACAUGUUCCUUUGCAUCCGCAGUGCAUUGCUCCUAGUGCGGGGGAGUUUCUGCAGGACACCUGCGGCCAAGGCUUCCAUUCAGACCCACCCCCAGCCAAGUGGCCACAAAGACUGGCACAGUGCCCAGGCUGUACGGCCCUGAGGCCAUUGUCAAGUUUGUAUCGGCCCUUCCAGCCCUGCCUCUGGAGGUCAGCAUCCCCACAUCCUCCUGAAAUGCAACCAGUCUCCAGAGAGUUUCCAGGCGGCUGCUCUUAGGAAUUUCCGAAGCUUGGAGAAGUUGAUGAUUUGGAAGGGAAACAAGAGGAGGCAGAGAGGCAGCCUAAUGGGCUGGGACAUGGGCUUUCCAGACCAGAGGGCCAGGUUUAAGCCCUGGCACCACCUGGUCCCCUGAGCAUGGCCUGCAGUGAUCUUCCAGAGCCACGCAAGGCAAAUUUUUGGAUGGGCCCUGUCCAGAGCUGUCCUGAUCCAGAGCUGCAGGAUCUCAAGAGGAGGCCUAGGAGGGAGGCCUAGUAAAUAUCUGUGCUCCUUUCCGGCUCUUUCUCAUUCCUCAGUGCAAAGGAAAUCUCUACAAAGCCCCCCACCAGCACCCUUCUCACGGCACCAGCCUUUCUUCCCCUUCUCCCAGUCCUCAACUGGUUAGUGCUCCCACAAGUCCUGCAGCUCAGGGCUGGGCCCUGGAGCAACAAGAACCCGCUUCCGCAGCACUUCUGCACCAGGCUCCCAAGAUUCCCACGCUUCACUCUCUGAUCUCCUCCUGACACCUGCUACCAUGAGGGUCACGAUGCAGCUUUUCAGCUGCAUCCCGUGGGUUCCUGGUUUGACUCACAAGGUUUAGGAUCCACUUUUUCUCAACUCCCACCACACACAAGUCAGUCAGGGGGGCACUGAGGUUGAAGUCCAGAGCGUGGGACUGUGGGAGGAGCCCGCCGCUGCGGGCGUGCGGAGAGAGGACUUCAGCGGAGUGUGGACUCAGUUCCAGAAGUGAAACCUCCAUCACAAGUCCCAAGCCCAGUGUUUCCCCAGCCCAAGGGGCACUGCUAGUCCACACAGCUCGGCACCAGGCAAACCCAUUAAAAUGGGGGUCUUCAGGCCCACCACAGUUGACAGGCCCAAAGUUUUGCCUAAAUGCUUCACAGAUACGUCCGUACCUUUUCAGCCUGCUUGCAAGGAGUGGGCCUUUUUGUGCUUAUGGAGGGGUUGGAGGGAGAACGUUUUUUUUUAAAUUGCCAAAAAGUUAGGGGAAAGUGUACUACUGUAUAAAAGCAAAGCUGUAUAUACUAAACGUUUUUUAGCAGAGUGAUAUUUAUUUGCAUAGCCUAUUUAUUGUACUCAUAUUACACUGUUCUUACAGACCAGGAUAAAAUGUAUGGCCCGAAGCAAGCACCUCUUGCCUUUUAUUAUUGCUUCUCUAGAACCCCCUCUGUGUGCUGACCGUUAGCCGCUAGCCCGCCCCCUGCGGGGCACCCACCUUCCUUCUCAGGGACCACACUCCAUAGUUUUCCACCGAGAUCAGAGCUGGUAAAUAUGAAACAUUUGUUGAAUUACCAGGAUUGCCAUUAACAGUGUUUUUUUUCUUUUCCUCUCGUAUUUCACGCUUUCUGCCUCUGUAUAUAAGACAGUGCUGUGUAUUUAUCAAAGCUAGUAAGCAAUAAUUUAUAUGUAAAAAAAUGCCCAAGCAAUAUAAGGUGAGAACUUCUAUAAGUCACUGUUACCUUGUAUUUUCAAGUGUUUUUUUAAAAAAAUGGCUUUUCCAUUUUUCAAAUAUAUGAUUAUGUUACAGA